AGAGCAGAAUUACUAAGAAAGAAUACUGAUACAGCAUCUUCAAUUGUGAGAAAUAUAAGAUUGGUCGAGCUAAUUAUUUCAAGGAAGUUUAAACUUAUAAAUGAUAGUUUUGGUGUGUACUUGCUAGUGAAAGUGUUCUAAUCAUGCCAAUAGUUAGUCUUGUUUUUUCGAGAGUAGUGGUUAUGGUAGACGGACACUGAACAUAUUUCAAAUUUUGCAACGAUCUUUUUAUAUCGUUGUAUUCGAAAGGUUGACAACAUAGACCUAAAAUGGAUUAUGAAAAACUGGUUCAAGAGAAAAACGAUUCAAAUACCGUUGAAAAUAUACCAAUCAUCGUGUUUAUGUCAAUUGUUUGCUCUGCUGGCAUCAUCGGUAAUUUCGUCGCCUUACUAUUCUACGUUUCAAGGAAAGAUAAAUCAGCUGCAACUUUAGUGCUUACUGCACUGUCUGGAAACGAUUUGAUUUGCUCUAUAGUACUACUUUCAUCUACAGCUUGGUUAACACAUUCGAUGACGUACACAAAUGUGGCGGCGUGCAAAAUUCACAGCUUCCUGAACCACGUGUUUGUUAUGAAUUCCAUGUUUUUACUAUUCAUCUUAGCCCUGGAUCGGUACUUAAGUAUAUGCAAUACAUCAAAAUGGAAGUCAUUAUUUGCAAGAAGGAAAACAGUGAGUAACAUCGUUUGCAACACAGGACUUUCAAUCCUGUUUUCAAUACGACAACUUGUCUUUUCCGACGUUGUGCCCAUAGACUUUACUGUAGCCGAAAAUGUAACCCUAACAGGCAACCGCUGUAAGACAACAAGUGAAAAGCGUCUCGCAAAAAUUGCCAAGGCUUUUACUAUUUUUGACUUCAUAUUGGUCAUUAUGGGUAUGAUAUUAAUGCUUACUCUGUAUACGUUAAUCAUACGUAAGGUUUCUUCUGUUGGCAAACGUCGAUGCGCAGCUCGAAAUAAUAUUGUUACGGACGAAAGCCAACCAACUGAAGUAUCGCAAAUUUCUGUGAAUUUCGUUAAACAAAGUUCAAAUGAAAAAACCGUUGUUGAAAGAAAUAGACCUUCAACAACAGGACAGAAUACUAUAAAUGUCAGCAAAACUCUUCACUGGAGCGCGACAAUUGAACGACGGCUGACUAAGAUGGCAUUUAUUCUUACAUUAGCAUUCGUCUUGAGUUUUGUCCCUUUCUUCGUCGUGUCAAUAAUAGGUACAAUACAUACACAGCUUCCAAUUUGGGCUUUGGUUUUAUAUAGAUCUUAUGCUUUGAAUUCCACGAUGAACCCUUAUCUGAUAGGAUACUACAACUCGGAAUUUCGGGAGUUCGUUAAAAAGAUCACAACUUGCCGUUUCUUACCAAGUUUACGAAGAAAAUAAAGGUUUAAAAUACGUAUUUUGAAAUCUAAAUGUGUUUAUGUAAAAUAAUAUCUAUCCUUACAUGUUUAUCGAUAAUAUGUUAUGUAUAAACGUGUAAAUACACUCUGUUAUAACUAAUUCGAAUGCGCAUUGUGAACUUAAAUGUAAAAAAUCAACACAUUGCAAAACUGUCUAAAUAAUAUCUCAUGUCUAAAAUGUCUAAAUCCAUCCUUCUUACCAGUGUAUCAUAACGCAAAAAUAGUGCUUUGCCCAUGCCCUAUUUGCGUGGCGCUGCGCCUCGCCGCCGUGAUGUCUGCAAAAUAAGCGCCCAUCAAUAUGUGUGACUCUGCGACUGUUUUUUAUAUACUUCAUAGACGCCUUAUCAAGUAUUUUAAUCAAUUAAAUAUAGUUUUGUCGGGAUUCCGGUCCUCACAUAAUGCAGCCCCGGGCUCGGAAGAAUCUCAUUAACUUCAAAAGACACACAAAUGUUUUGUCCGAAGUUCCAGUGUAUUCAUCAUUCAGUACAAUAGCUGGCUCGUUAAUCACUAAAAUACCCGUUUAGGAUUACAUAUUUCAUUAUCAUUUAAAAAAUCAUAAAACAAUUACAAGUGUGUGUACUGAAUUAAAUUUCAAUUUGUUAAAACGCUUUUCUAGUAGAAAUACCUAUUGUGACGAUAUUGGUAUGAAUCAAGUGCACACUUUUCUCCAGUAUUUCAACCGGUUAUCAUUAUCAGUUUACUAAUGAGGUAUCUGUCAACGAUUUUAUCGUGGAGAGGUACA